GUCAAUCAAAUGGUAGGAUAGAAAUAGAUAAUGUAGAUCAAAGAGAAGGAAAUGUUGAUGACUAUUAUGAUAUACAAGAAACAAAUCAUGCUAAUGGGGAUACUAUACGUAGUACUAUAUGGUAA